CUCAAACUCUGAUCUCUUCGGCUCUCACUACUUUAAUCUCAUAAUCGCUCUCUCCGCGCCAUGAAGCUGGACGCAACGGAUCUGCGAUACGUCACGUCGGAGGAGUUCAGAGUGCUCACUGCUGUGGAAAUGGGCUCCAAAAAUCACGAGGUCGUGCCUACGGUUCUCAUUGCGCAGAUUUCUGGUCUGAGGAAUGGAGGGGUGAACAAGAUCAUCGGAUCUCUGGCCAAACGGAAUCUCGUUUCUAAAGUGCAAAAUUCCAAAUAUGACGGAUAUCGGCUGACGUAUGGGGGAUACGACUAUCUUGCCAUGAGGGCUCUCUCCAAAAGAGACUCGAUGCACUCAGUAGGAAAUCAGAUCGGAGUCGGGAAAGAAUCUGACAUUUACAUGGUAGCAGACAGUGAGGGAAGGAGCUCGUCCUCAAGCUACAUCGUUUAGGGCGCAUAUCUUUCAGAGCUAUCAAAUCAAAGCGAGAUUAUCUCGGCAAGCGAAAGUCUGCGUCUUGGAUGUACAUGUCUCGUCUAUCAGCUCAAAAGGAGUGGGCAUUCAUGAAGGUGUUGCAUGAGCAUGAUUUCCCCGUCCCCAGACCAGUGGAUCAAGCAAGACAUUGCAUUCUCAUGGAAUUCAUCGACGCCUACCCACUUCGCCAGAUAGCUGAAGUGCCUGCGCCGGGAAAAUUGUAUUCGGCACUGAUGGAUCUGAUUGUCCGCUUCGCCCAUGCUGGCCUGAUCCACGGUGACUUCAAUGAAUUCAACAUCCUCAUCCGACGAGAAAGCGGCGAACCUGUUGUGAUCGACUUCCCGCAAAUGGUCAGCACAUCACACGAAAACGCAGAAUGGUAUUUCAACCGUGAUGUCGAAUGCAUAAGAACGUUCUUCCGGCGAAGGUUCCGCUAUGAAAGUGCAUUGUACCCUCGAUUCAAAAGCACCAUGUCUGAAGAUGGAGUGGCGGGGGUGAUUUCCGUCUGGACGUGGUGGUGGCUGCCAGCGGCUUCAAAGCCAAGGACAUGAAGGCCUUGGAGGAGUAUAUGGAUGCAGUCAAAUCCGAAGAAGGAGAGAAGGACGUCGACGACCAGAGCGAAGAGGAGAGUGAAGAGGAGAGUGAGGAGAGUGAAGAAGAGAGUGAGGGUUCAGACGACGGCGAAGAGGGGGAGCGUGAAGCUGAGGAAGCGGCUGUCGAACCACCCGCUGACUCAGAGCAUGAAUCAGAGAAAGAGGACCAGCAAAGAUCCGAUCGUUCUCGUUCGCCUCCCCGGUCUCGACCUGGAUCUCCCAGCGAUUCGGAGAACUCCGACCACCCAACAAGCAAAGGCGUGCGAGAGAUUGUUUCCGCUGAUCUUGCCAAAAAGCGUUCAAAUCAGAAACGAAAGUUUCACUCCAAACGCAGCACCCAACGAGCCGGGCGAUCGCAAGGUAGCAAAGCCAAACAAGACACUCGUGUCAAGCUGGAUGGGGGAGGUUUUUGGGAUUGAAUACAUACCUGUCUAUGUACAACUUCAUUUGUACCUUGUUAUCGGGUUCUACUGGCAGAUUCCAAAGAUAUGUGGCAGUGCGCUUCAUCACGGUCACCCGUCACUCUCACCUACUCUCACUCCCUCAACCUUCACCUGCCUGACCCUUGCAUCCGCAUUCCCUUCGCAAUGGACAAGACAGAUCUCGAGACUUAUCAAGUGCAACUGUCACAGGUGGAACUUGCGAUGGCCGCCGACCCAGAUAACGCGGAACUGAGCUCACUUCGCUCAGAGUUGAAGGAGCUUAUCGAAUUGACCAAGGCCGCGCUGGCCCAAGCCGAAGCAGCUGCAUCCUCACACAAAGCCGAGUCUUCUCGUAAACAAGCGUUAUCCACUCCAACGCAUACAUGGUCCGCAGGAGACGAAUGCUUGGCCAAAUAUUCCGCAGACGGCAGUUGGUACCCCGCUCGCAUCACCGCUGUGGGCGGUUCGACGGAAAACCGGGUCUACAAUGUCAUGUUCAAAGGCUACAAUACCACUGAACAAGUCAAAGCAUCGGAGCUCAAAAGCAUGCCUGCCAACUACGCUUACGCGGCCCCUACGAACAAGCGCAAGCUGACGCCUGCGGAAGAGGAGGAACGAGACCGCAAAAAGAAAAAGAACGAGAAGAAGCUUGAGGUUCGGGCUGCCAAGGCGAAGGAGCAGACUGCGAAACAGGCGACAUGGCAGAAGUUUGCUAAAAAGUCUGAGAAGAAGGGUGUGCAUAUUGCUGGUAUUUCGGGAACGAGUAUCUUCAAGACACCCGAAAAUCCGUUAGGAAGAGUGGGCGUCACAAAUAGUGGGAAAGGCAUGACAGAAGUCGCGCUGCAAAGCAAACAUAAGUUCACACGCAACGACGACGAUAUAGCCUGAAGGCAUCCAUCUCGUGUCCAUCGUAACUUAUCAAACUGUAGUAACACCACACCUGCGGCUAGGCUCCCGAGGGCAACAUCGCUCAAACCUCUUCUUUGGGCCGAGCUCUUGCUUUGACGUUGGAGGAGGCUUUCGAUGCAUUCAUCACUCCGCAACACCGAAAAUGCAUACUUGAUACAAUU